GUUUUUCUAUAAAUAAACUAUACCGAAAUACCAGAUUUAAUUUUAGAUUGCGCCAUAGUUGUACUAAGAGAAGAAAUAUGGCAAUCAUCCUCUACUGUCAAACCUUGAGAAAACUGCAGGAUACUGAGAGCUCCAGAUAGUGGUUGUAAUACACGUGACUACAUGUAUUCCCUUGGUGAUCCCGGACACAAUCAUGACAGCAGGACAAGAAAAACAAGAACGAGUUGUCGUUCUUUGUAACUGUUAGGUCAUGAGUAUCCAAUCAUUAGAAUUCGUGGAUCCCUCUGGGCUCAGUGACAUAGAAGAAAAAAUGAGGGAUAGAAUCCAGAAUAAUGAGCGACUGUUAGAGAGAAAAGGCAAAACCUCUCAGCGUUCCGUCAACACAAGUUCACAACUUGAGGAAUUCAGACCCUCUGUGAUUGAGAGAGAAAUGGAGUACAUAAAACCCUGUAUUGACAAGACGUCUCAAUAUCUGAGGGCUACAGACAACCAAAUCAAAUCUUCUGGAAGGAAAAGAACGGUGACCGGUAAGGAAAGCAAUAAGAGAGCAAAGGUUUCAUUGGAUGAAGAAAAAAUCUGCAGCUAUCCCAUGGAGUUUAUUGAGAAAUCAGAGGCACGGCGUGUGUGUCUGGGGCGCUGUAUUCAACAGAUAGCAGUUGUUAAAGUUGAUGAUAUCAGCCCCGGCGACCAUCUAGUGUACCAACGCCCGGGCUAUCAACAUCACGCCAUUGUAGUGAGUAUAAAUAAAAUCGACAAGUUCACUGCUGAUGUAAUAGUGAUUCACAAAAGUGGCAAUGCCGGAGACGUAUUCCAGGGGUUGAUAAAAUACGUUUUAACCAUUGGACAAAGUAGUCCUAAAGGUCGUCUGAUGGAAGAAAAGUUCGAAAAUGUCGAUGUAAGGUCGACCUGUUUGUUCGUUGUAAAAUACAAAACUUACCCGUACACUCCGGAACAGAUUAUUCAGAGAGCACGUGAUCAGUUGGACAAAUCAAAAUCUUCGGAAUAUAAUUUGGCGAAUAACAAUUGCGAACACAUAGUCACGUGGUGUGUGACUGGCGAAUGGUACAGCGACCAAAUCAACAGUUUGUGGAUCAAUGUCAGAAACAGAUUAAAACCUUUCUGUGAGGACACGGCUUCCCUGGAAAAGCUAGAGGACAUGCGGCGAUGUGAAUUAAUCUGUGACGAAUGUUAUUCUAAGUGCAAAACGGGCGGGGAAGACAAAACAAUGCCAUAAUUAAAUGCUUGAGCAUAUAAACAAUAAUUUAUUUCAAGUAAGAUGUGUACAUUUUUAUCUCCGUAAAUGAUCAAGCAAUAAAGUGGAAAAUAGUUUUACACUCACAAUUAUACAUAUGUAGUGGUCAUUCAUGAUAUAAAUACUAUGAUGACUGUUA